UAGUUUGGUAUUGCAUGUAAACAUUGAAACAUGUGUUUCUGAAGCAAGGAAUGAAAAUUGGCUUUUUAAAUUAAUUUUUACCCUUUUAAAUUGAGUGCUGCUGUUCAAAAACGUGGAGUUAGAGAUAUUUUCCUUAAGGUGUUAGGUGCUGAGCCGUUGAAUGAUUGGAGGCAGUGAAGUGUUCCCGAGAGGUGCCAACAUGUCCGUGCCGGAGGUCAGAGGUCAGUUUGAUGAUGUGGACGCCAGCGACAGCGAAGGCUCCCUGGAUGAGGGCCGGAUGUCACCGGGGAGACGACAUUGAGAAUUACGAAGAGGAUUUUGACGACGAUGAUGAAGACUAUGACGCUGAUCCUAAAAAUUACAGUAACUUUUCAAAAGAUUUUGCCGGGAGUACAAAAGAGAAAAGAGGCGUGACAAGUCGCAGCGAGCCACCGUGGAGCAGGUCCUGGACCCGAGGACUCGCAUGAUUCUGUACCGCAUGCUGAGCAAAGGCCUGCUGGCGGAGGUGAAUGGGGCCAUCAGCACGGGGAAAGAGGCCAACGUAUACCACGCCACGGCCAGGGACGGCACAGACCGGGCCAUCAAGAUCUACAAGACGUCCAUCUUGAUCUUCAAAGACAGAGACAGAUAUGUGUCUGGAGAAUUUAGGUGUUCAAGCGAGCGUUCAUCCCACGCACCUUGGAGGAAGUUGUGGACAUCGAGAGAGAUGUGCGGAGGUCGCAGACACAGGAAGGGGGGCAGGUUCUGUACCACACAGUGACCGGCCUCCGACCAGACUUGAGCGGACCGAGCCAGGUGCCGGACUUGAUAGAGAAACUGGCGGCCGUGGUGGGGGCGGAGGACGAGGAGGGGGGCGAGAUGGACGAGGGUGGUGAGGGGGGCGGGCUGCGACUCCCCACGCUGGAGGACAACGGCGACGACUCGGAGGACGAGGACAAAGACUCAGCGCUCGGAGACGCAGGAAGUGAGCAGGAGGGCGAGGGGAGCGACUCAGAGGACGACGAGGACAAGAAGAAAGGACAUCCGACCAGGGAGAGGAAUGAAACCACCGAAGAAAAAAAGGAAAGAAAGAAGCAAGUGAAAGACUCACAGAAAGAGAAAAGACAGACAAAAAUUCCCAAACACGUGAAAAAACGACAGGUGAAAGUGGGGAGUAGCAGAAAGAAAUAAUUUGCUGGUGGACGUGUAAUUAAAGUAAUUUAUGACUCGGUCAAUGUUCUGAUGUAAUCCAUGCCGCUGAAAUAAACGAAGAAAGAAA